UCCUGCGUUCUCUAAAGCUAGUUUUAUGGACUGGAUCCUCCUGCGUUCUCUAAAGCUAGUUUAUGGACUGGAUCCUCCUGCGUUCUCUAAAGCUAGUUUAUGGACUGGAUCCUCCUGCGUUCUCUAAAGCUAGUUUAUGGACUGGAUCCUCCUGCGUUUCUCUAAAGCUAGUUUAUGGACUGGAUCCUCCUGCGUUCUCUAAAGCUAGUUUAUGGUCUGGAUCCUCCUGCGUUCUCUAAAGCUAGUUAAUGGACUGGGUCCUCCUACGUUCUCUAAAGCUACAGCAGUGUGUUCUGUGGACUGGACAUGUGAACAUCUGUUUUGGGCUCUUGUCGUUUUCAGCUCAGAGAGAAUCACCCCAAGGGAGUGAUGUUCAGACCUCUGGUGGGGAAGGCUACUCUGGGUUCCAUCACGGCUGUGGAGUUCUUCUCUGACAGACAACUGGACUUCCUGUCUGACCACGGAGCAUACCAGCCCUACCAGGAUGAAGUGGACAGUCUGAGUCCUGUUCUCUGGGACAACCCUGAGCUGCAUGAAGAGGUCAGGUUCUGGCUCAAAGAUCAAAAGGUUCAGGAAAUAUUUUUGCAAGGUCCGUAUUCAUUAAAUGGUUACAGAGUUCGUGUUUACAGACAAGACUCAGCUACUCAGUGGUUCACAGGGAUCAUCACAUAUCAUGAUCUGUUCAGCCGUAAUAUGGUUGUGAUGAAUGACCAGGUUCUAGAGCCCCAGAACGUUGACCCCUCUAUGAUCCAGAUGACCUUUCUGGAUGAUGUUGUCCACUCUCUGCUGAAAGGAGAGAACAUCGGCAUCCAGUCCCGACGCAGGUCCCGCUCCAGUAACAACCAGAACAACUCUGCCCACACAGCAGGAGGGGGACCCACCGGCACCACAGGAAGAGAGCAGGGUCACUACACCCGCGCCCAAGCCAACAGCCCCAGACCAGUCAUGAACUCCUCUGGCGGGGCGGUGAAGCAGGGGUCAGGGGUCACCACCACCCAGCAGCAGCAGGGUCAAGGUCAGAGCCAGCAGGCCCCAGCGCAGCACUCCCCUUGCCAGGAACAGAUGCAGCAGCAUCGCGGCCCUCGCGUCUCCAGGAGGAAGGGAUCUGACAGCAGUGUCCCUGACGAUGACGUGAAGGGAGACCACGUGGACUGUAACGAGAGAGCAGGGAGAGGAGGUGAGGAUGAUGAGGAGUAUUAUCAUGGUGAAGAUACAACAAGAGACUUCUUUAAAAGUACGAGCAGCAAGCAGGUGGCUGUGAACAAGCGGAGGAAAGCGGAGGAGGAAGAGGAGAAGAAAUCAGGUUUGAAAAGACUGAGAAGCGAGACUACAGUGAGGUCUGACUUCUCUGAGAGCAGUGACUCUGAGAUGUCUACCAAGAGAACCAGGACGGCAGACUCCUCCUCUUCCUCAGAGCAGAACUCAGAGGAGGAGCUAAAAGGGAAGACCGGCCAGGAGGGACACAAGACCCAGGGUUCUAAGACUGGGAAGGAGUCUGCUCUGACAGGCAGUCUCUCCCCCUGGGGUGAGGAGCUUCAGAAGACGAUGUUUCAGCAGUCGUCAGCCGACAGGGAGCCGAGGUCAUCCCUGCGACAGCAGCAGGCCCCUCACCUGUCCUCCUCCCAGGGCUCUGCCCCCUCUGAGGGCCAAGGGGAGGGCAUCAUGGAGAACAACAGCACUAUGAAAGACCCCUCCCAGACCCAUCUCCAGUCCAAGGACAAGUACACCAGCGCUGGGGUGGUCGCCAGGACCCAGACUCCCUCUCAGUAUAUAAUCCACAUCACAGCAGAGGACGCUAACGCACACAUGGCCUCCCGGGAGAACUCUGAGGCCGUCUCAGCCCUGCUGGCCUCCCAGAAUCCAUCUGAGCCCUCCUACCUCUCUGAGCCCAGCAAACAUUUGGUGCUAAACCCCUCUGUGGCCCCUCCCUCUCCCCUUCGUAAGAGCCCCUCGGAGUGUGACCUUAGGAACCAGACUCCCUCAGUGUCAGAGUGUGACCUUAGGAACCAGACUCCCUCAGUGUCAGAGUGUGACCUUAGGAACCAGACUCCCUCAGUGACGGAGUGUGACCUUAGGAACCAGACUCCCUCAGUGACAGAGUGUAACCUUAGGAACCAGACUCCCUCAGUGACAGAGUGUAACCUUAGGAACCAGACUCCCUCAGUGUCAGAGUGUAACCUUAGGAACCAGACUCCCUCAGUGUCAGAGUGUAACCUUAGGAAGCCAGAGGCAAAGCAGCAUGUAGCUGGCAGCCUGGGCAGUAAGAUGGAGUUAGUCCAUUCAGUGGUGAUCAGACCUGUAGCAUCAGUCAGUGAGUCUGCUGCUGUAGUAGAGAGAGAGAAGCAGCUAUAUUCCUCCAUGUUGCCCUGCAUUAAGAACGCCUCAUUGGCCGACGAGGCCAGGAAGUCGUACAAGCUAAGCCCCUCCCCUGAUGUCCCCAAGCCCCUCCCCUCCCCAGAGGCCCUGAAGCAUAAGCCCCUCUGCUCCCCUGACAUAGUCAAGUCUAAAACACAGAGUGUUCUGGAGACUGGGUCUAAACCCAAACCCCUCACCUCCCCAGAGGUGUCCAAGCAUAAAGUCCGUUAUCCGGACAACCCCCCUCGCUCCAGCUUUAAGCCCGUCCUGGCCCGAGGGACUGAGUCGCCAGGGUCUUGCACUAAGAGCCCGCUAAUCAUAGAUAAGAACGAGCAUUUCACCGUGUACCGGGACCCUGCGCUUGUCCGUCCCAACCAGGAGUCCAAUCACGUGUCCUAUCUGCACCCCCAGCUCCACCCCCUCCACGCCUCCUCCCACCACCACACCUCCCACCUCCUGCCCUCCUCCCACCACCACCUCCUCUCUGGGGUGCUCUCUGGCCUGCCUCCAGGCCCCCUGCUGGGGGGUCAUCCCCGACUAGACUCCUCAGGGCUGGGGCACCUGGGACUAGCCCAUCACCACCCUGUCUCUCAGCCCCAGACACACAGCCACACCUCAGCCUCAUACAACCAGCUGGGGCUGUAUCCAAUCAUCUGGCAGUACCCCAAUGGGACCCGCUCCUAUCCCCCAGGACUCAACCUGCCCGGGUCGAAGUGGGUGCACCCCGAAAACACUGUCAACUCUGAGAGCAACACGAGGAACACGGCCAGCCCUUGGAUACACCACCAGGUCCCUGUCUCCUCCUCUGACAGCCUGGACCUACUGAGCCACGUCCCGAUCCCCGUCCGACCAGCCAGCGCCGACCCUCACCGGUCCGACCCCCAUCCCCACCGCUCGGACCCCCAUCCCCACCGCUCCGACCCUCACCGGCUCAUCAAGAUCAACCCUCACGCCAGCCCUCCUCUGCCCCUGGCCAAGACCACUGGGGAUCUUCACAAGGAGGAUUUGAAGGGUUUUGUGGACCCCAUCAGAACCAUCACUCUGGCCCAUCUGAAGCAGGAGCAGGACCGUAGCAGAACCCCGCCCGGGAAGGACAGUCACCUGCACCACCUUUACCUUGAGGCCCAUAAUAAACAACAGCAACAGAGGAUGGUCCAGCAGCAGCAGGAAGCAGGGCAGACGGACCGGGCCAGUAAGUAUAAAGAGGAGAACAGACGGAUCCUCCAGGAGAGCAUUGAGGUGGCCCCCUUCACCGCUAAGAUCUGCUUCAGUGAGACCGACAGGGAGCCUAAUCCCUACCCCCGGAUCCCCUCCCUGCCCCACCCCUACCCCCGGAUCCCCUCGCUCCCCUCCCUCCCCCACCGCCUCCAUCAGGAGAAGGAAACGGAGCGCCCUGCAGUAGACCUGUAUCAGUUCAAACAGCAGGCCGCGUCCCAGCACAGUCUCCCCCCAAGUAACUACUUCACUACCCUGUCCAACAGUGUGGUCAACGAACCGCCGCGUCUCUACCCCUCUAAAGAGCUCAACUCAUACUUUGAGAAGGUGAGCACGGCGCAGGACUCGGCAGCAGCCUCUAGUCUCUCUCUGGGAGGAGCGGCAGCGUUCAGCUCCAAGUCCCUGUCCAAACCCCCUCCUCUCAUCAAACACCAGGUUGAUGGGGAGGGUCUGCUAGGGAAGAAGAUAUCAGAGCAACUGAACCAGCAGGUAAGCCUAUCCAACAUGCAGAGGUAUCGUCUCAGUACCAUAGUCAGCCCUGUUAGUCCAGACCUCUCCCCUUCCUCCAGUCAGACCCAGAGCCUCUGUCAGACCCAGAGCCAGACCCAGACCCAGAGCCUCUGUCAGACCCAGAGUCGGAUCCAGAGCCUCUGUCAGACCCAGACCCAGAGCCCCUGUCGGACCCAGACCCUAGCCCAGCUAAGGUCUAUGCCAGCACUGCACCGCGCCCCCGUGUUCCACCCUCCUAUCCAGCAGACACUGGACAGGAAGGAGGCAGGCUACGGUCGUUUGUCUCCACCCACCCUGACCCCCAUCCAGCCAGUCAGCUCGGCCGGUAAAGUGUCUGAGCGGCAGAAACCGCCCACCCUUCUGCCCGAGCUACGGGAGGUCAGUGCCGUGUGUAAAGGCGGGGCAGCGAUGACCUCAUCCGAGGUGUGGCGAGCCGGCGACUCUCAGAGCCACGACAAGCUAGGAUGGCAUUCUGAAAGGAGCCCCGGCAGGAAGCCUGGGGCCACAACGGCGUCUGUUAUCGUCCGUCCCUCUACGUGUAUAAAGUACGACGGCUCGCCAGGCGCCAAGACCUCUUCCUCGGCCAAGGACUCUCUGACGGGGAGGAUGUUCCCAGGCAGCAGGCCUCAGACAGUCUGUCUGAAACUGGCCUAUGAGAGAGACAGGGAGUCUGGAGGGAAAGUAAUCCUGCCAAACACUAACUUGGAGGAGGCUGUUUGCGUGCAGCAGUACAAUAACAAUUUUAUGAGAGUGUCCCAGUCUCAGGGAACCUUUCCAGUCUCUGUCUCGGCUGCUGCCAACUCUGUGUGCAAUAGGACUAGUGAUUUGACUAGGGCAGUCUCCAACAUGGCACCCUAUGGUGUGCUGAGUGGAAGACAAGAGAGAACCUACUGUGGGCCCAACACCUUCAGUGCUAGCAGGACAGAGAGCUGUGGCCCUCGGGGCAGGGCCCUCCACUCAGGGCCUGGGUUAGGGCCAAGGGCCGAGCUCCAGCAACAGGAGGGGGGCUCCUCCAGGACCUCAUCCCCCAACCUGCACCCCGGGUCCAGCCCCAGCCUGGCCAGCAGCACCCAGGCCUCUCCCAAGCCCGAGUCCAGCCUGGCCAGCAGCACCCAGGCCUCUCCCAACCCCAGCCAGUCCUACUAUGGAAGCUUUAUCCAUCUGAAGAAGCACAAGGCAGCGUUGGCAGCAGCCCAGCAGUCCAGAGGUCCUAGCAGCAGCUCCAGAAGUCCAGAGGCCCUAGCAGCAGCAGCCCAGCAGUCCAGAGGUCCUAGCAACAGCUCCAGUGGUAGUGGUCUUGCGAGCUUGAUUGAGCCAUCUAACAGUAAAGCUCUUCACAUCUCCCCUCCACCUCUCCUUGCCUCGGCCUCAGCCCAGGACCACAGAACCACAGCAAGCCCAGGACCACAUCAAGCAGGAGCUAGCCCCAGCCCUGGCCCCCUCCCCAAUGGCCAGCCAGCCCAGAUGAACCAGAGCCAAUCUCAACCCAACUGCCACAAGCUGAAGAAGGCCUGGCUCACCAGACACUCAGAGGAGGACAGGAACAUAAACACUAUGAUUAAAACAGAGGAGGCUGAUAAGUCUGUUACCACCUCUGUGAGCCCCACUGUGUCGAAGGCUGUUACCACCACUGUGAGCCCCUCUGUGUCGAAGGCUGUUACCACCACUGUGAGCCCCUCUGUGUCGAAGGCUGUUACCACCUCUGUGAGCCCCUCUGUGUCGAAGGCUGUUACCACCUCUGUGAGCCCCUCUGUGUCGAAGGCUGUUACCACCUCUGUGAGCCCCUCUGUGUCAAAGGCUGUUACCACCGCUGUGAGCCCCUCUGUGUCGAAGGCUGUUACCACCGCUGUGAGCCCCUCUGUGUCAAAGGCUGUUACCACCUCUGUGAGCCCCUCUGUGUCUGAGAUGGAAAUGAUCAAGCCUUGCACCGUCACUCUGAUUGCUUCUACCUCCAGUGAUGUGGAGAUGAAGAUAGAGGAGGUCAAAGGUCAGGAGGACAAGAUGGCCGCCGAGGACAGGAAUACGUGGCGUGGGAGCAAGAGGGUGUACGACCACGACUCGGCCUCAGAGAGCGGAGAGGACUCUGACGCCAGCGAGAGCAGCAAGCAGGAGCAGAGGGCUAAGAGGCAGCCCAAACCCACCUACAAGAAGAAACAGAACGACAUGCAGAGGAGGAAAGGAGAGGGAGAGAGAGACGAGGAGGAGCUGAAACCCAACGGGAUCUUUAGGAGCGCCAGGGAGAAGACCAAGCUGAAACAGUCCAGCAACAAUGGUAUCCCCCGCUCUGUGCUGAAGGACUGGAGGAAGGUGAAGAAGCUGAAGCAGACGGGGGAGUCGUUCCUGCAGGACGACUCGUGCUCCGAGAUUGGACCCAACCUGCAGAAGUGUCGGGAGUGUCGUGUUGUCCGCAGCAAGAAGGGGGAGCAGCCUGCUCAUUCCCCUGUUUUCUGCCGUUUCUACAACUUCCGCCGCCUGUCCUACAGUAAGAAUGGAGUGAUCCGUGUGGACGGCUUCUCCACUCCAGAUCAGUUUGAUGAGGAGGAUCUGUCCCUCUGGGCUCCUGAUGUAUACGAGGAGAAUGAGUUGGACCCAGACUCCUCCAAGUACAUCCUCUCAUAUAUAGGAGACCAGUUCUGUCAGAUGGUCACCACUGAGAACACUGCUGCUUCAUGGAUCAAAAAAGAUGCCAAGAUGGCCUGGAAGAGGGCUGUGAGAGGGGUCCGGGAGAUGUGUGACGCGUGCGAAGCCACCUUGUUUAACAUUCACUGGGUCUGCCACAAGUGUGGCUUUGUGGUUUGUCUGGACUGUUACAAGGCGAAGGAGAGGAAGAGCUCCAAAGAUAAAGAGCUGUAUGCCUGGCUGAAGUGUGUCAAGGGACAGCAGCAUGGUCACAAGUACUUGAUGCCAACACAGAUUAUCCCAGGAACUGUUCUAGCAGAGGUGGUGAACGCCAUGCAUCUGUUCAGGGAGAAGGACAGCGUCAGGGCACCAUGUGUCUGUACUGGGAAACACACCAGUCUACUCAACAAGCUGCCAGUUACCAACGGAGUCUCUCAGGUUCUCCAGAACGUGUUAAACCACAGCAACAAGGUCUCUCUAUGUAACGUGAAGACAGAGCCUGGACAGCUGAACCCCAUUCAGGGUAAAGCUGAGAGGAACGGAGGCUCCAGCCCUGCCUCAGACAUCUCCUCUGACUCCAAACGGACUCCCCCGGAGUCCCAGAGUCCUCUUCACUUCCUGGCUGACCUGGCUGAGCAAAAGUCACGAGAAGAAAAGAAAGAAAACAAGGAGUCUCCUCUGGGUAAGGUGGGCAAGGAGGACAAGGUCAGUAGCAUGGAGUCUCUCCACUGUAAAGCGUCUAGCCUGGAGUCUCUCCACUGUAAAGCGUCUAGCCUGGUAUCUAACAUCACAGAACAGGGCUCGACUCUGAGAGACCUCCUAACUACCACCGCUGGUAAACUCCGUCUGGGCUCUACUGAUGCUGGCAUCGCCUUCGCUCCUGUAUACUCCACCGCAGCACAGAUGGGGAAGAGUGGCCGUAGCAUGCCCAACAUCCUUGAUGACAUCAUAGCGUCCGUGGUCGAGAACAAAAUCCCUGCCAGCCGAGGAGCCAAGCUGAGUCUGAAGCUGGAGGCCACCACCACCACCACUACAGAGGACAGGGAGGUGAAGACAGAGAGGAUUGAGAGGAAGAAGCAGCCUGGGACAGGUCCAAACCCUGGGACUGGGACAGGUCCAAACCCUGGGACUGGGACAGGGCCAAACCCUGGGACUGGGACAGGGCCAAACCCUGGGGCUGGGACAGGUCCAAACCCUGGGGCUGGGACAGGUCCCAACCCUGGGGCUGGGACAGGUCCCAACCCUGGGGCUGGGACAGGUCCCAACCCUGGGGCCAAGCCUCAGCUAGAGAAGACCCUGCUGCUCCAUGCUGACAUCCCCCACUGCUGGUUGUACGAACGCAGACUGCUCUGGCUGAAAGACCAUCGCCACCCUGGCAACUGGAAGCUGUUCAGAGAGUGUUGGAGACAGGGACAGCCUGUCCUGGUGACGGGGCUCCAUAAGCCUCUGAAUGCAGCUCUGUGGAAGGCCGACAGCUUCAACCAGGAGUUUGCUGACCAUCAGGGAGACCUGCUGAACUGUAAAGAUGGACUUGUCUCUAACGCUGGAAUCAACGAGUUCUGGGACGGCUUCGAGGACCUCACCAAGCGACCCAAGUCUAAAGACGGAGACACUGUGGUGUACAGGCUGAAGGACUGGCCAUCAGGAGAGGAGUUCAUGGCCCUCAUGCCUUCCAGGUAUGAUGACCUGAUGAGGAAUCUGCCACUGCCUGAGUAUUGUGACCCUGAAGGGAACCUGAACCUGGCCUCUCAUCUACCCAGCUUCUUCGUACGCCCAGACCUCGGACCACGCCUUUGCUGUGCAUAUGGAGUGGCAGCAUCUCAGGAGCAGGACUUUGGGACAGCUAACCUCCACAUGGAGGUCUCUGACAUCGUCUCUGUCCUGGUGUACGUAGGAGUGGCCAAGGGGAACGGAGUCCUGUCCAAGACGGGAGUGUUGAAGAGACUUGAGGAGGAAGACUUGGACGACAGCGUGAAGAAGAGGUUGAAGGAUUCCAGCGAGACGCCUGGAGCGUUGUGGCACAUCUACAUUAGCAGAGAUGUGGAGAAAAUUAAAGAGUUUCUGCACAAGCAGGUUGCUAAGGAGCAGGGGGCGGAGAUUUCGGCGGUGCACGACCCAAUCAGAGAGCCGGGCUGGUACCUGAGCAGGAAGUUGCGCCAGCGUCUGUGGGAGGAGCAUGACGUGCAGGGCCUGACCGUGGUUCAGUUCCUGGGGGACUCUGUCCUCAUCCCCGCCGGGGCGCUGCACCAGGUGCAGAACCUCCACAGUUGUGUCCAGGUCAUAAAUGAUUUUGUAUCUCCAGAGCAUGUGUUCCACUCCUUCCACCUGACACAGGAGCUGAGAUCCUCCAGAGAAGAGCCCAACUAUGAAGAUAAACUACAGGUAAAGAACAUCUUGUUCCACUCUGUGAAGGAUGCAUUGACGUCGCUGAAGAGGUACAGCCAGGAGGAGGAAGAGAACUCCUGACCCGUAGUUCCCCUGGCGCCUCCCUCUCUGAGAUCUCUUCCUUCAGCCUGGAACAGAUAUAUUCACACUGAUACUAACCACAACAGCACCAUCAACCCAGAGUGUCAAGCAGAAUACACUACAACACACUAAAACUACAUGUUACUGACCAGCAUCACUACCACAGCAUCAGGAUACUGUCCACAGCAGCAUCACUACCACAGCAUCAGGAUACUGUCCACAGCAGCAUCACUACCACAGCAUCAGGAUACUGUCCACAGCAGCAUCACUAGCCAGCAUCAGGAUACUGUCCACAGCAACAUCACUACCCAGCAUCAGGAUACUGUCCACAGCAGCAUCACUACACUGUCCACAGCAGCAUCACUACCACAGCAUCAGGAUACUGACCACAGCAGCAUCACUACAGCAGCAUCACUACCACAGCAUCAGGAUACUGUCCACAGCAGCAUCACUACCACAGCAUCAUCACUACCACAGCAUCAGGAUACUGUCCACAGCAGCAUCACUACCACAGCAUCAGGAUACUGUCCACAGCAGCAUCACUACCACAGCAGCAUCACUACCCAGCAUCACGAGAACUGUGAUUCUACUAAACGAUCUGGUCUGACAGUACUGACUGCUGUUCUGGAACCUUCUGUUCUCUCUUUGUUUUCCUUUUGUUUGUUUAGUUUGGUUUUUUGUCUUUCAAACUGUUGUAUAUUGUUUCUGUGAAAAUGAUGUAUUUAUUUUAUAGGAGUUGUAAAUGUGACUUGUACAGUUUGCUAAAUGAUGAGUUGUGAGACGGAUGCCGUUUCCUACGUUGAGACAGUUACUGUGAGAGGAAACAGACUUCAGCUGUCGCCGCCGAGAACUCUGGGAGUCGCUGCUGAAUUCGUCCUCAUGCCAUAUCUUUUAAUAAUGAACUGCCAAACUAUUCUAUUGUAUAAAAACCGUGUAAAGUUGUAUUAUGUAAAAGACUAAAUGAAUAAUACACUUCAGCAUUUUAUUGAGAAUUAUUCACUGUAAAAUGGAGACAUUUACACACACAAAAUUAUUUAUUAAAUUUUUUUGAAGUUUAAAUAGAAAACAAUUGUGAAAAUGUUACUGUAUAAAUAUAUACAUAUAUACAUUCACUGAUGUAUUUUUAAAAAACAUGGCUUUGCUUCAAUUUGAUAUUUUAAAAGUGCAAGUGUUAUAUGCUUUGUACAUUAAAGUUCAAAAGGGUUUUACAUUUUCCAUUAAAAUGGAUUCAUCAAA